GCCGAGAUUGAUCACCUGAUACUUCAGCCGGGCGAUCUGGAUUACGGGCAUUACAGCAUGGCACCAGCCGGAGUCGAACCCGCAACAUUUCUGUUACGUACCACGCGCUCUAAACCGUUAUUCCAUAUCAGAGUGAUCGUAUGA